AUGUCCUUCUUCGUGCCCAGAAACCCGUUCACUCCCCCGAACUACACAUUAACGACUUCCCCUGCAAUAACUUCGCCUUUCUCGAAUCCCAACUCUGUCGGUUUCCCAACACUUCCAUGGCAGUGGUGGACUCGGCCUGUGACUUCACCAUGGGGGAAACACUGGGCUCAGAGACUAUCAGAUGCGUCCAUUGUGAACUCGAUGAAUGCGCAGAUGAUACAGAAACAUGCCGAUGAAUCCUUCAGCUUCCCCCGAGAGCGCGACGUCAAAAUAAUUUGCGGGGACUACGUCUUCUUCGCAAAUAAGUCUGUCAUCUGUCAUCAUUCACGCUAUUUCAAAGCGGCAUUUCAUGGCAAGUUCCGGGAAUCCUGCGGAAGUCUGACGCUCACAGAUAAAGAUGCCAUAUUGGUCGAGAAGGUUUUGCAAUACUUGUACACGGGGAACUACACGUUGGAUCCGGACAAUAAAGAUACCGGAGCGAUCGAUUCCGAUGAUUCCGAAUUUUCGGACUUCGAUGGCAAAUCCAAGGUUCCCCUAUGGAAACGAGCCAUGAAGAAAAGAAAAAUAAUCACAGCCAGGACCAUAAGACAUUUCUUCACGGGGGAAGCCAGAGUCAAGAAGCGUGCCAAAUCCAAGAAGCGCACCCCCCUCUAUGACCAACUCUUCCACAGCGACGCCUACUUCCACCUCCGCAUGUACGCCGAAGCCGAUUACUUCAUGAUCGACGAAUUGAAAGUCAAAGCGGAAGCGGAAUUCUGCAAAGCAUUCCAAAGCCUACUUACAGACGAGCUGAUAUCCAAGAAAGAGUACGAGGCUGAGUUUAUCAUCAGCAAAAUCAUUCGCGAGUUAUACAGCCGCCGGGGCCAUUACGGCGUGUUGAGGGAGAUGGUGCUCGAGCUGAUGCUCAACAAUAUGCCCAGUUUGCGGGAGACAAUAUUUAUGUCCCCAAUGGAAGGCUGUUUCUUUCUGAGUUUGCAUCCUGAGUUCGCGACCGAUCUGUGCUGGGGUAUGAUGGAGAAGGCGUUUCCGUCCGAUACGCCUACAUACUAUCCCACACUGAUGCCGGAGCAGUUCGCGGCCUGGGAACGGCGAUGCAAGGAGGCGACUGGGCGAUUCUAG